AUGUUCUGCCGUCGGCUGUUGCGAUGGCGGGCAUUGAGCACCCAUGCCCGAAACGUCGUCCCAGCCAACGUGGAACUUACUGCAGGAGCCUACGAGCCACCGCCGUUCGAUUUUGAGGCCAUCGAUGCUAUCAUACAAUCCAGGGCAAAAAAGACACAGCAUGAAAGCUCUGAAGUGGCACCUUCCUCGAUUACCACGGCUCCAAGUUCGACUAAGGAAUCAGGAAUCGUUCUGAAUAAUGACGAAAAAUCAUUGUUUCACUGGUUUCUCAGGGAGACGAAUGCAGUCAUCUUCGCUGCCACAGCCCUGGCGAAGAAGGGCAAGCUGCUCGCGUCAGAGCAACCAUCAGGGGGCACUUUCGAGAAGACGCAGGGCGAGUGGCUUUGCGAGCGCAUUGCCGAUCGAUUGCUGUCGUACAGUGUAGACAAUCGCAUCAUCGUGCUACAGCGAUCACUUGCAGGAUGGCAUCACUCCAGACAGCGCCAUUGGCACCGUUUGGCUAAAACGGCGUUGCGGAGUUGCUUCAUCAACGACGAAUUCCUGAAUGCGCAGCAUGCGGUCAAGAUAUGCGCUGCACUGAGCAAGUGGCGGUGCAGGGAUAUCGCGGAGGUGCGGCAGAAGCUAAACCUGGCAAUAUUGGCCGCUGAGGGAUGGAACGUCGACAAUGCGUCGCACGUUCUGUGGAGUCUUACGCAUCUAAGGGAGUUCGAUAUGAGCGCAUUUGACUACAUGAACAACGCAGUUGCUGCCGCACUGUCGAAGCCAGAUUUUGACGCGACGUCAUUGAUGGAUGACACCGUUCACCGAAUCCUCAACGCGAACAUCGUUAGGAUGUCACACACAGGCAGACAACACCAAGCAAUGAUCACCGUUCUAAGGGUAUUAAAGGAGCAGCCUCAUGCGGUCAGCCAUCUGAGUCCGAAAACGAUGCUGGCAGUUUCCGCAGUGAUGCCGCUCUGUUCGGAGAUGGGCAUCACGGAGCAUAUCGCGCGAAGGCUAUCGAGCUCCAUGCACCUCUUCACGCAUGUGCAGGCUGCUCACGUGUUUUACAACUUUGCUCUAGUUGCCCCCAGCCUUCCUUCGGCUGUAGUCGACCAACUCGUUGGGGCGCUCUUUGACUUCAAGGAGACGCUGUACAAGACCGAGGCGGCAUACGUACCCAGUCUGACAGCAAAGUUGCUGUUCACAUUCAUGACAUUCUUACGCGGCUUCGAUCAUUCUUUCAUCAGUAAAUGCCUCGCCGACCUAAAUGCCAACCUGCAUUUGCUUGGACCGUUCUCUUUGGUGGGCAACCUGCAAUACAUAAAGCUUUACAUGGACUCGUCAACGGGCGACCUUACGGAUCAGCAGUUAACCAGCUUGAAAAACACGUGGAGCAACAUGGUUAAGACGGACGCAUACGGCGAUUUUGUGAAGCCUCUCUUCGGCAAAGAUGGACAGGCUCCAUUAGAUAAUCUGAAGUUGUGGCAUUACGGUGCGCUAUACAGGCUCACAAAAUUGGGAUAUGAGUCGCUGAUGAGGCAAAUUGACGUUUUCAGAUGCGGCGUUGGUACCGACAAUGUAGUGCCGGCUAUGAAAGACUUUCUGCUCUUUCUUGUCAACGUAAGCGCUCGACGAGAACUAAUCGCGGACAGAAGGAUUUUGAACGCCAUUUUAAUCCUGGCUUCACAUCUGAGGAACAUGUCCGACGGAAAUAGGAGGGCGGAGGAAUACUGGGAGCCCAUCAAGUUUCAUCUGGCGGCUCUAGGAAUCCUCAACAUCUUUGAGCGGGAGUGCGAGGUCUCGUUGUCUAAUGCUGCUAACUCGGGGAACAAUGUACCGACUAUGACGGCAAUACGUUUAGCUAUGACCGCGGCAACCGGUGGGAGUGCUGACGACUCGUUAUUGGCGUGGUUUAGAAGUAAGGCACUUGGAGCCACCCCUGCGGCUGUCGAGAAAGAUGCGUUUGCAGUGCGCUACGUCAUGUUCAUAUGCCUCAUACACGGCAAUUCCAUCGCCUCUUUGCUAAAAAAGGCAUCAGAGCAGCCUAUAAUGAAGGUACUGACGCAGUCAUUCUAUGCCGGGGCGUGCGGGCCGCUUUUCAACUCCAGAAACAGCACCGACCCGGUGGUCAGUGAGGUUCUGGAAUACCUGAACGCCUCCGCUCAGAUACCUAUUGUACCGAUCGACAGCAGCGUGGCCCAUGCCAAGCUUUUCUUCACGCAAGAUGCGCCGCGACUUUUGCUGCCGCUGCUACCCGAAGUUGCGCUGGCCGAAAUGUGUUCCCAGCAAAGGCAAUACGUGGAUCUGUGGGACGUGGCAGCGUGGCUGCAGGAGGCAAAGCAAAUCGAUUCGCUGUGUAGGUACCUGGAAGGAGUUGGAGAGGCAAGACCGAUGAACAGCAGGACGGAGUUCAGUGAGCUUGCCAGCAAAGUUGAGCGUCCCCUCUUCGACGUCAAAAGGGUCCGGUGUAACUUCAACGUGGGCCCAUAUAUGUGCCACGUUGGUCUUUUCGGCGGCGACGACUCGCAUAUCGCAUUGUUAUUCAUCCACAUCCUCGGUGGCGGAUGCACAGCAGACAGACUUGCGGGGCACAUCUUUGAUGCCCAGCGCAGAAAGGCACUGGAAGUCCUAGGUGUGCAGUAUAUAGAGCUGGUAAAAUCGACAGAUUAA